AUGACCAUUCCGGGUCUGUCAAGUCAGGCCGCCGAUGCCAUUUCCGAGCUCUCGUUCAGCAAUCCUCAAAUGAGCCCCCGGGCUGACGCGUUGCUUCCGUCCGACCUCCUCGGAGAUGAAGAGUCACCAGAGCUUCCCCGGCCAAUCGUCCGCCCUCAAAUGUCUGAUGUUGAACAGUCGAGUGGCCAACUUGAAGGUUUCCCACAAGGUCCGCCAUCGCCGGACUCUUCCGAGAGCCGGCCUGGAAGCAUCUUUGCUAGUCCUCAUGAGAAUCGGAACCAAGAGGCUGACUCUCAGCCCAUACGCCUAGGGGAUGCCGCAGAGGCUCCGAAAAGUGCCUCGCGGCGACUCUCUGGUCUCUUCGGCUUCCAUCGUCCUCGCGGUAAAACGCUCGCGGAUGAGCCGCCUUUACUAGGCACUUUGAAGCCAGGGCAAAGUCAGUCUUUUCCACGGAAUCUGGAUGAAAUGGAUCCCAUCGGUGCCAGGCGCCGCCGCCUGAGCUAUACAGGAAACUGGGCCAAUCCAAUGUCAUUGUUCCCAAGGAGCAACACCACGGGUGUCACCACCGAUAGUUCUUCCGAUCAUAUGCCGUCCCGGCGGGCCGCUUUAACCAGCAUCUUCUCCCCUAGCAGGUUUGGAUUUGGCAGUGGGGGUGGUCUGAUGAAGUCCGGCGAACAUUCUGAUCUCAGCACUGGAUAUAAUCAAUUCAGCCCUAGACAUGAUCCGAUCGACCCCUCGUCAAUUCUCGGUACUGUGCGACGGGGCUCCUUGUCACCAAGGCCAUCGUCGACGUUUUCCUUUGAGAAUCAACUUCCCCAUCCGUCGACAGACAAUCAACAUUUCGGCUGGCCGUCGGCGGAGAAACCGGGUCAUAGAAGCCCUCUGGGAUUCAGUUGGGCUUCACCAUCGACUUGGUCAAGAGCCCAUUCACGCCGCCAGUCCACCUCAUAUGGCUCCUCCGGCCACUUGCCUCUGGGACUCACAGGGGAGCCUGAUUUCCUUGAAGACUCUUCUUUUGAAAGACAGGGUCGGCCUUUGCAGGCGCCCAUUGGUACUAGACCAUCAUCAUCGCAUCGGCCCAUAACUCCGAAACUGAACCCUACUGCGCCCACUUUCAAAACCGUUAUUAGCAGGAGUUCGGAAAAGGGCAAGGAUAAGGAUGGGGAAAUGGCGAUAGACAACGGAGCAGAUACCUCUUUUGAGUUUCUUAUGAGCGAUGGAUCACCGUCUGAGCCUCGUACCUCUAAGGAAUCUUACUCCCGCUCCCUGACCGUCUUUACUGGGGAUUCAUAUGAGUCUUUGGAACAGGUACCUUCCACAGCUUCUGCGGAUAACAGUAGCUCGAAAGAGUCAUUCAUCCGGAAGAUCACGCGGAAGGGUAGCUCGGGCAAAUUUAGCUCGUGGAAAGACCGCUCAGGCCUGUUCUCCAAGAAGGGCGAUACCUCCCAGGGUGACAUUGAAGAAGACGGCAAUAGUGAGUCACUGCUCGCAAAGAGCGUGGACAGCACUGUCUCCAGCGCUCCAUCCGCAGACAGGUCGACCAGAAGCAGCCUUGGAUUCUUUAGUCGCAAAUCUAAGAAGACGGAUAAGGCGGCCAGUGAAACAAGUGAACGGCCCAGUGAACAAGCCAGCGAAACAGGCGGCGAGGAACAUUCAGAGGAUAUCCAUGCAUGA